AUGGAUCGAUCGAAUUUUUACAAUAUAAUUCAUUUAAGUUUAUCGUUUUUUCUUAUUCUUACACCUUUUGGUGUUACACAAAUAUUUCAAACAUCAUCAGAUCACGCUAAAGAUGGUGCAUUUGCACUAGCUAUUACAAGUCUGGUAUUUUGUUUAACUAAUUUAGUUCUAUCAUCAUAUAUAACUCGAUCAUUAGGUGUACGAUUAACAUUAAUUUUUUCGAGUGUGGCAUACGUGCCAUUUAUUGCCUCUAAUAUAAAAUAUAAUAGAUGGACAUUAUACAUAUCUGGAUUCUUAGUUGGUGUUGGUGCAGCUUUAUUAUGGACAGCUCAAGGUGUCUAUGUUACCAUCUCAACAAAUAAACAUGAACAAGUAAAUAAUCUAGUACCAUCAUCCACAAGGGGUUUAAUGAAUGGUACAUUUUUCGGUAUAUUUCAAUUACAUCAAAUUAUUGGAAAUUUGCUUGUCUCAUUUUUAUUUCAUAUAAAGCUUGAUGAAUGGAUCAUUUUUACAAUACUGACAAGUAUUUGUGGAUUAGGAACAUUCAGUUUAAUUUUUCUACGACCUGUAGAAAUACCAAAAGAUGGAAAGAAACAGUCGAUUCUAUCGAGUGUAUCAAUACUUUUCGAUAUUCGUUUUCUUUUUCUUAUUCCAACAAUGUGUUAUAGUGGAUUAUCUCAAGGGUUCAUUGCUGCUGCCGUACCUCCAUUGAUUGUUGAUAAAAGUUGGAAAUAUUUAAUAUUUGGUUUAUUUGGUACUGUUAGUGCUGUUAGUUAUGUCUUCUUUGGAAAUUUAAGUGAUUUAAUUGGUCGUCGUCUUGUUAUUUUUGCUAUUGGUGCACUUGCUCAUAUGACUAUUUUUGUACUUUUAUUAAUAGUAUGGGAACCACCAUUGGACCAAAAUAAUACUGAAAUAUUUCUUAUAUUGGUUAUUGGUUUAAGUAUAGGUGAUGCUAUAUUUGGGACAUUAUUAUAUUCUAUCAUAGGCACUUUCUAUGAAGAAUCACGGCUAGCAGAUGCUUUUGCAUGCUUAAAAGUAUUUCAAGCAGGCUCUACAGCGAUAGCAUUUGUUGAAGACGUAUAUGUUCCAUUUUCUAUACAAGUCUUAUGUCUAAUUAUUCUUUUGUCAUUAGCUUUUAUUACACUUAUUUAUGAACAUUAUGGUAUUAUAUCAUUAGAUACAGGCAAAACAAGAAUGUCAAUUCAAAAGGAAAAUAAAAAAGAAACUGAAGCCGACAUAGAAGGACAAUUCGCUUACGCAACAUUAUCGAAUGAAACAUAA